CAACGUUGACUGACUUUUGUCCAAGCGAGUGACCAGACACCAGUGUCCAUCUAACUGCCGUUUGGUGUGGUAGUGACGUUAUUAAAUUAAUCGGUAUAAUAAUAGUCACGUCGUUAUCAAGUGGAUUUAGGAGGAAAACGUAUUAAUGUACCUAGUAGUUUUAACUUGUAAAAGUGUUGUUUACAACAUAUUUGGAAAAUUUAGGUAUACCUAUCAUUUAUAAUUAUCUAUUUCCUGAAUUUUCAGAUGAACAUCAAGCAUAAUGAUGAAGCUCUUACUCAUCUCAGUAUUCUUUUGCUUGGCGUAUGCUAAGAUAAGCGAAAUUAGUAUCGUCCGCAACGACAUAAAUGUGUUUCAUGCUCCUGAUAAAAGAUAUCGUCCCAUCUGGAGUGAUCUGGAUACCCGGCCUUUGCCAGAGUGGUAUGACAAAGCUAAAAUAGGCAUCUUCCUUCAUUGGGGAGUGUAUGCGGUGCCAAGCUUUGGGUCAGAAUGGUUUUGGGCUAAUUGGAAAGCAUCUGACAGCAACAAGAAGUACAUAGAUUUCAUGAAAAAGAAUUACCCACCGGGCUUCACAUACCAAGAGUUUGCACCCCUGUUCACAGCUGAGUUCUUUGAUCCUAAUGCUUGGGCAGAUCUCUUUGUAAAAGCUGGAGCUAAGUACAUAGUCUUAACAAGUAAACAUCAUGAAGGCUUCACUAUGUUCCCAUCCAAGCGUUCAUUCAGCUGGAAUUCAGUUGAAGUUGGGCCGAGAAGGGACAUAGUCGGCGAACUGGCCUCGGCUGUGAGGAACCACAGCUUGAAGUUCGGUGUAUACCAUUCCUUGUAUGAGUGGUACAACCCCAUUUACAACCAGGAUAAAGUUGCUAAGUUUAACACUCAUACAUAUGUUGAUACGAAAUUAUGGCCAGAUAUAAAACAGCUAGUUAAUGAUUAUAAGCCAUCAGUCCUAUGGUCUGAUGGUGACUGGGAGGCUUAUGAUGAUUACUGGAAAUCUACUGACUUGUUGGCUUGGUUGUACAAUGAUAGCCCAGUGAAAAAUGAAAUAGUUGUGAAUGAUAGAUGGGGUAUUGGCAUCCCUGGACAUCAUGGAGACUUCUAUAACCAUGCUGAUAGGUACAAUCCUGGAAAAUUGGUGGAUCACAAAUGGGAAAAUGCAUUCACAGUUGACAGUAAAUCAUGGGGCUACAGAAGAGAUAUGCAAAUCAGUCAAAUAUUAUCUAUUAAUGAUUUGCUUUAUCAAGUUGUUUCUACUGUCAGCUGUGGUGGUAAUGCCCUUAUCAAUGUAGGCCCAACUAAAGAGGGUACAAUAAUACCAAUAUUCCAAGAACGCCUCUUAGAGCUGGGAAAGUGGUUAUCGAUAAACGGCGAGGCUAUAUACAAUAGUUCCCCAUGGCAUUCUCAAAGCGACUCAUUAAAUGGUAAAGUUUGGUACACCUGUAGAAAAACGACCUACAAUGGUAUGCACCCUACUCUCCCUCCGCAGGAAAACGAUAAUGUUACUGCAAUCUAUGCUAUAAUACUACAGUGGCCAGAAAAUAGUGUUUUAAAGCUUAGCGAUGUGACUUCUUGUCUUCACAGUGGCACUUAUGUAGUGCAGAUGUUGGGCAAUGAAGGACAGCACUUGAAUUGGAAAAUAAGUAAUGGAGAAGUUGCAAUACAGCUGCCAAACAAAGCCAAUGUUCGCUCUCAAAAUGCAUGGACCCUGAAAUUUACUUUGAAAUAAAAGCUAUCAAAUAUACUUUAGUAACAGCCCUCCUGGCGCAGUCGGGUAGAUAAAAUAAAAA